UAAUCACAAUCUGUAAUGGAUUACACGAAGUGCACAAAUCUGUUCUUCGUUUUCGUCGUGACAUGUUUUCUUUCUUCAGAUGCUGUUACUGCCACAGACACUAUCUCCUCAUCUCAGUUCAUCAAGGACAAUGAAACUAUAACCUCCACUGGUGGCAACUUCACCUUGGGAUUCUUCACCCCACAAAAUUCUACAAACCGUUAUGUGGGAAUUUGGUGGCAACCUAAAUUCACUGUCAUAUGGGUAGCUAACAGAAACCAGCCACUGAAUGAUUCCUCUGGACUUGUUACCAUAUCUGAAGAUGGCAAUCUUGUGGUGUUGAAUGGUCAGAAUCAAGUAAUUUGGUCAACAAAUGUGUCCAAUGUUGGAUCCAACACUACUUCCAAACUCUUGGAUUCUGGGAACCUUGUGCUUCAGGAGAGCUCAUCAGACAGAACUAUAUGGGAAAGUUUCCAGCAUCCUUCAGAUGCAAUGUUACCCAAUAUGAAGAUUUCAACUAACAAAGUAACGGGUGAGAAAGUAAAACAAACAUCAUGGAAAAGCCCUUCUGAUCCAUCCACUGGCAGCUUUUCUUUAAGUGUUGAACGCCUUAGUAUACCUGAAGUGUUCAUCUGGAAUGAAACUCGUCCCUUCUGGCGCACUGGUCCAUGGAACAGUAAGAUCUUUACAGGACUGCCCUAUAUGAAAACGUAUUAUCUUGAAGGGAUACAUAUUGGAGAUGACGGGGAAGGAAAUGUUGAAUUCCUUUACAAGGAAGUAGAAGAGGUUGGCUUCAUAAUCUAUAUUUUGAAUUCAACAGGAAAUUGUGAAGAAAGAUGGUGGAAUGGAGAGAGGAAAGAAUGGGUAGUCACAUGGAAUAGUCAUCAAUUUGAGUGUGAUGUUUACGGUGUAUGUGGACCUUUUGCAGUUUGUAAUUCUGAAAGCGCCCCAACAUGCAGCUGUUUGAAAGGGUUUGAGCCAAAAAACAAAGAGGAAUGGAAUAGAAAAAACUGGACUAGUGGAUGUUUCAGGAGAACACCUCUGCAGUGUGAAAGAGCCAGCAACCAAAACAAAAGUGCAGAUAAUACAGAAGAUGGAUUUUUGGAAAUGAAAAUGGUCAAAGUUCCAGAUUUUGCAGAUGGGUCAUCCCUCAGACUUCAACCAGACAUGUGCAGAAGCCGAUGUUUGGAAAAUUGUUCAUGCAUUGCAUACUCAUAUGAUGCUGAUAUUGGUUGUAUGUCUUGGACUGAGAAUCUAAUUGACAUAACACAAUUCUCAAACGGAGGACUUGAUUUACAUGUACGAGUAGCCUACACAGAACUUGAGAAAGAGAGAAACAACAAAAUCAUCAUUAUCGUUUCAGUGACAGUAGGAAGUACCUUAGUUCUCAUUUGUGCAUAUAUGAUGUGGAGAACGAUUUCUACUCGCCACGUAGAGAUCAUCAAAAGAUUACUCCAGUUUAAUGGAGGUGGAGCACCUGCAGAAUAUACAAAUGACAAUGCAUUUUGUGAUCUGUCACAAGUCAAACUCCAGGAGCUAUUAACAUUUACUAUUGAAAAGCUUGUAACCGCCACAAACAAAUUUCACCCUUCGAACAAACUAGGACAGGGUGGUUUUGGUCCGGUCUAUAAGGGGCAAUUGCACGAUGGGAGGGAAAUUGCAGUUAAAAGACUUUCCAGAGCAUCUGGGCAAGGUCUAGAAGAGUUCAUGAAUGAAGUAGUAGUCAUUUCCAAGCUUCAACACCGCAAUCUUGUAAGACUUCUUGGUUGUUGUGUUGAAGGGGAGGAAAAGAUGUUGAUUUAUGAGUACAUGCCAAAUAAAAGUUUGGACAAAUACAUCUUUGAUCCAUCAAAAGAUAAGGUUCUUCAUUGGAGAAAACGGUUUAGCAUAAUAGAAGGAGUUGCUCGAGGAAUGCUUUAUCUUCACAGAGAUUCCAGGCUAAAAAUCAUCCACAGGGACUUGAAGGCAAGUAAUAUCUUGCUGGAUGUAGAGCUAAAUCCAAAAAUAUCUGACUUUGGUAUGGCUAGAAUCUUUGGUGGGAAUGAGGAUGAGGCAAAUACUAAAAGAAUUGUUGGAACAUAUGGCUAUAUGUCUCCUGAGUAUGCAAUGCAAGGACUGUUCUCUGAAAAAUCAGAUGUCUUUAGUUUUGGGGUUUUGCUACUUGAGAUUAUUAGUGGAAGACGAAAUUCAAGCUUUUAUGAUGAAGAAAAUUGUCUUACCCUUUCAGGAUUUGCCUGGAUACAGUGGACAGAGGACAACAUUCCCUCCCUAAUAGAUCCAGGAAUAUAUGAUCCUAACCUUCGUAAAUAUUUUUAUAGGUGCAUACACAUAGGACUUCUAUGUGUCCAAGAAUUUGCAGCAGAUAGGCCUACUAUGGCUACUGUAAUUUCUAUGCUAAACAGUGAGAUUGCAGAUCUUCCUCCUCCAAGGAAGCCUGCAUUCAUCCUGAGGGAAUAUAUGUUAAGUUCACUUUCCUCUGUAAGAGAAAAUGACUUAAACUCCCUCAACAUUGUCAGUAUUUCAGACAUACAAGGCAGAUAGAAAACCAAGAGGUCUCAGAAAGUUGUAUGGAGGCAAAAUGGAGAUUAUUUCAGCACUAAAAACAGAGUUGGAAUGUAAUAUUGUAGGUAUAUGUUUUUUUAUGUCCAAAAGUAUGCAUUGCUAGGGCUAUUUAGAGAUUUUCAGUAUAGAAGUUUGUCGAUUUAAAAAUAGUGUAGGAAAAGAAAAUUUAUGAUUACCACAAAUGUAAAAAUGUUUAUCAGUUUCUUUAAACUUAAAUGUAUCACACCGUUGUUUACAUAUGUAUUCAUUGAUCACCAACAAAGGAAAUUAGAUUUCCAGCUUCAUGUCUUCUACAUGCCUUCUAUAAGUUAUUAUAUAGUAUAGAGACAAUAGCAUCCUCAAACCUUUGAUGUUGAAUUUUGUAAAUGCCUUGUAAUAUCAUCACUUGCAGUUUCUAAGCAAAAGUUGACUUUUGGUUAGCUGUUGUACUUAAGAAUGCUGCAACUACGGCCAUCCUUUUGAAUUAGUUCAAAGUUUGUUUCUUGAUUUCAGUAGUUUCAUAUGUUCACACUACUACAUAUAUGAUUAUUAGUAACAAUUAAAAAAUGUUACUAAUACAAUUUAGUAACACUAUAUCAAAUGUUACGAUACCCUAUGUUACUAAUGACUUUUAUGCUCUGUUCGCUUCUACAUAUUUCCUGUAGACGCGGAUGGGUGAGCAAGUGACACUCGUGUUCCUUUCUGCAGAUUAUCGUUGAUAUGCCGCGAUGGAUUUGAGGGGGAGGCCCAAAUUUUCAUCCCUCUUGGUUGGACAAAUUUAAAGAGAAACAUCUUGCAUUUACCAAAUUAAGCUUUACUUUUUUUCUUGAUAUUCCUCGUUUUAUUGUGUAUUGACAGUGCCAAAGAUUGCAGCGUCCAGAGGGUGGGGAUGUUCGAAAAGUACUCUGGUGUGUUGUGAAGUUGAUAAUCAAUGGGGUAAGUAGCCAUUAGAAGGGAUCCAAUCCCAUAUUAGUUGGAAUCUGUUCGAGUGUGGAAAAGUGGAGAGGGAUUCGAUCUCAUUUCUAUGCAGAUUCGAUCCCCAUUGCUUUGAAACAUUUAUUAAAAUAUAUUAUCAAAAAAAAUUAUUUUAUUAAAUUUAUAAUUUAUUUUUUCAAUUUUAAUAGUAAAAAAAAUAACAAAAUAAUUGUAACUCAUACAAAUACCAAUUUAUAUUACUUAUUAUAUAAAGGGCAAUAUGGUAAUCUAUCUAUUACUUCUAUUAAACAUUCUUUUUAAUUUAUCACAUUAAUCAAAUCACUCACAAAUUCUCAAAAACUUUACAUCCAAAUCCACUUUACUUCCAAAUCCACUGACUGUCAGCUUUAAAUCCCUUUAAAAAAAAAACACACAAUUCACUCUCAAAUCCACUCCAACUCAUCCACUCCCUCUCUCUCAAACCCAUCUACUCAAGUGUACACAGUCUUAGUGACAUUUUUACGUAUCAAUAUAGACAUUUAUAAAAAUGUUACUAGAUACCUCUAGUAUCAUUUAUUUAAUGAAAAUGUAACAUUUUAAAAAAUGUGACUAAACCUUUUUUUUUAUAUAAAAUUAAUAUUAUAAAAAUCCUAUUACAAAUCUAUAGUAAUAUUGUUUUCAAAUAGAAAGACAUUUUCAAAUUAUUACUACAAAAUUUUUAGUGAUAUUUUUUUUAUAAGGGCAACAUUGUAAAAACGUUACUAAUAUAAAUAUUUUGCAACAUUCCAACAAAUGUAACAAAAAUACACACAAUUAAUGUUAAAUUGUGUACAUUGCAUAAAAUAUUGCACACCAACAUGUACACUGCAUGCAUUAUAAUAUCUAGAUUCUUUACUUUAAUGCUGCCAUCAAAGAAAAAAGUCACAAAAUCAACUAUUUUAUUUUAAUGUAACAGUGGAAAAAUCAACUAUAGUUAUGCAAAUAUUGAAGAUGACACAACUUAGUUAGUACUAGCUUCAAAAGUGCCACAUGGGUUUGAGAAGGGAAUCAUGAGGUUUACACAAGACUGUCAACAGAGGAAGUUUUUGGCCAAAAAGAAAAUCUCAAAAUAUCUAGAGUUUGGGGGUUGGCUAGAAGAAAGGUGACCGAAGAUUUUUUGUUUGGGAAAGAUGCAGGAAGGCAGCUAAAAAAGUUUAAAACUAGAACAUAUAAGCAUAAGAAAAUGAACAGGUUUUGAACUGUUAGCAAGGGAUACAAAUUUUGCUAUUGAAGUGAUUUGUACACAAGUCCAAGGCUGGAAACACAUUGGUAAUUGUCAUCAUGCACAGGUGUAGAUCAUGAUGUCCUUGAAAAUUAUAUUUUGAGAAAUAAAUAGAAGAAAUUGAAUGACAAAAGGAUACAUAAUGAACUAUAGACUUAUAAUAUCAAUUUCAAAAUUUACAUUGGAUGUAACAGAGGAAUGAAGACCAGAAAAAUGACUAGAGUUGUGUACUUAUUAUCAACUAGGAUCUAAUGUGCUUAGUUUGAUAAAUUAGGGCGAGUAGUUCAGCUGAAAUACUAAAUCAGGGCAAUAAGCAGUAUCAUCUUACUCUUGCUCAGUGUCAUUACGAAAAUCUGAGAUGGGAAAAGAAAUAUAGUAUAUGCCCCAAUCAAGAAACAAUUAUUAACAUACUUAAGAGAUGAGAAGUCUUUAUUUGGAUGGAUUCUGGAAACUUCAAUGAAAACAAUUUAAUAAACGAAGAUAAAUGUACAUUUCAAUUAUCAGCAAAAGAAGAACCGAAAAGAGAAUAAGAGAAACAAAUAAGGAUAUUUUAUUUCAUUAACUUCAUGAACCUCCUUUGAACGAAAAGGGGUAACCUAUGAAGCACAAACACAGACGAGACUCGUAACAGUAAAUUAUAGUAGGACACAGUAUGAUAAACUUGUAACAUUAGAUAAAUUAUACGCAGGACGAACCAACUAAUUAGGUCCAGAGACGA